AUUGUGUUCGCCACCAUGGACGCGCGCGCAUGCUUACUGCUCGCUGUAGUUACAAUCGCAGCAGCCCGCGAGUGCAUCGAACUCACACUUACCGACAGCAUAUUAUCAGACACUAUCCUCAAUGGUACUAUAUUAAAAGUUGCCGCGAAAAAUGAAACUGUUGAUUAUGUACACGGUGUUAACGUUUUGGAACUAUGGGAGAAGUUUCCGAGGGUGAUGGUGCCCAUGAAUGGCACCAGCGAGCAGUGCAGGCGGGAAAGUCAGCUCUUCCAUGACAGCUUGGAGCGAUUGGAGCUGUGGGCGUUGAAAAUGUUCGACGCGACAGCUAAGCCGCCGGCCGGCGUGUUGAGUGGUAACGGCAAUCAGUACGGUGACUUUGACGAGUGCCUCAGCAUAGAUGGCGCUGUCCGAGGCAAGUACUGCCUCGCCUCGCUGCAGUUAAGCUUCGCGGGACAGUACAAGAACAUAGACAACCUAGUGCACAGUGGCCAUUACAUCAGAAGCAAUGUUACUGAUAUGGGUCACCGUGUGCCCCGAUACUCGAGCUUAUUGUGGGGAGUGUGCAUGCCCAGCUCUUGCAGCAGUUUUGAUCUAGAGGAGGAACUAUCUCUGAAACUCUCAAAACUCGGCAUUUCUGUGAAAGUUCACAACACCAUGUGUUCCGUGAAGAACUUUAGAAGGCCAUACUCUUUCGGAAAGACUCUUUCCAUUACAUUUUUCCUCGGACUCGUCUUGUUACUAAGCAUGGGAACCCUUUUGGACGAUGGCAAAGAAGGAGCAACGAAUUUCGAAAAACUACUCAACGCGUUUUCUCUGAAACGCAAUUUGAAGAAAGUAUUUGAUUUAUCAGAUUCACCGACCAGGGUCAAAGGAGUAGACGCCUUUAGAGGUGUUAAUGCAUUUGCACUGAUCAUAGCUCAUAAGUCAAUGGCAAUGGCUCACAGUCCCUAUGUCAACAAAGUUAGUUAUUCAGCGGUGUUCGGAAUGCCCUGGGCUGUAGUCGGUCGAUCAGCUAUUUUAUACACAGACAGCUUUUUAUACAUCAGUGGAUUCUUGAACGCCAACAAUCUUCUGCAAGAUCUUGAUAAGAAGGGCGUAAUUGAUGUUAAGCACAGACUUGUAGCUAGAUGGUUCAGACUGUUCCCAUUAUUCUUGAGCUUGAUGUUGUUCUGCACUUACAUCCUGCCGGACAUCAACAAUGGCCCCCAGUGGAACCUCGUGGUAGAGGAGCACGGCAGAGUUUGUGAAAAGACCAUGUGGAGAAGCUUCCUGUUCAUACACAAUUACUUCGGAUUUGAAGAAAUGUGUUUAACCCAUACACACCAGAUCGGAAUGGAUAUGCAGUUAUACAUUGCAACGUUACCAUUGAUGAUAAUACUGACCCGCUGGAGAAGACUGGGGCUAGCGCUGAUGGUGUCAGUGGCAGUCGCCUCUACCCUGCUACGGUACUUAGCGAUACACUGGUAUGACAUCAGCAUGUUCGUCUACUACGGUAUCUCAGUACAAAAGCUUCUUGAUGCAGCGAAAUACUCUUACAUAUUGCCUACGCAUCGAGCAACUAUUUAUCUCAUAGGAGUUAUGAUGGCGUACUUCAUGAAACCAAAUAAACUUCACUUUAAUCUGAACAAUACUCAAGUGAGACUUUUAUGGGGCGUCUGCUUCAUACUCGCUGCCUUCACAAUAAUUAGCCCCUACAAAAUGGGCCUAGAAGGAUACACGUACGAGCAUGGCCCAGCCGCAAUGUUCGCCGCCUUCUCCCCCAUACUGUGGGGUGUCUUCAUGUGCUUAAGUCAUUGGGCUAUAAGCAAUGAUUAUGCAGGUAUCGGCACAUCAUUUGUAGAAUCUAGAGUGUUUAAGUUCUUCAACAAGAUAGCAUACAGCGUCUACCUGACACAGUUCCCUAUAUUCUUCUACAAUGUGGGAAUACAGAGGAACGCCGAGUACUACUCACCACUUCUACUGGUAUACCUGCCAGAGAUGCUCACUAUUCUGGUGAUAUCAAUAUUCACCACUGUUGCCAUCGAGAUGCCAUUCAACAAAGUUCACAGAAUAUAUUUCGGUAAAUCAGGAACAAAACUAAAGGACAAAUAAUAUAGAACGAUACCAAAUAAAGACUUGUUAGAAUUAUUAAAUUUAGUAUUGUAAAUAGUUAAGGAAUUUAUAUAUAAGAAAACAUCACUUAAUGUAAUCGCUUUAGUGCACAUGUUUGAUAUUUUUAUACUUGAUGAUGACAUUAUGAUAGUGACUUUAGAUAUAAAGGAUAAGUUAUUAAUAUUUUUUUAUUACAAUACAUAUCUGAACGUCUUCAAUGUAUUGAUAUUUAUAUUCUUGACUUUUUUUUUCUAUUUAUUUGACUCUGAUUUUUCCCAUUGAUAAAUAAAACUUGGACACCAUAGCAAAAUCACUGAUUUACAACGAAAUUGUUUUAUCAAUUGUGUUUUAAGAAUUGAGUAUCAGGACGACAGUUAUUUUUAUUCGAUUAUUUCAAACAGCAAUUCAGUGUUGUAUAAAAUAUGAGAUACUAUUCAAACAUUACUUUGUAAAGAGAUUGAGAAAUAAAAAAACAUCGUGAAAUAAAUCAAGAUGUAC